AUGCCGAAACAUCCCGAGGAGCCGGGAAAAGUGAGUGUGCCUCCUCCGGGCCGCUGGGUGUGGGAUGAAGGAGCUCGAACUGUGGAGUUUGUCAGUUCUGGCCCGACCGACGGGGGGGUUUUGACGAAAAGGAGGCAGACCAAUGUGAAUCUGAACGAUCUUCAUCAGCGAGCAGAGUGGCUGGCUGAGAUCUGUACCUUGAACCAUAGAGGGCGCCAAAGCACAAGGAAGAGCCUGAGCCCUGCUCAUCUGGACGCUUACAGGGCCUCAGUGAUGAAGAGGCCAGGGGACCGAGUCACCACUGAUGAUGUUAAACAGGUGGCUGUCAGUUUGCUGCAGGAGAAUUAUUCGCUUCCCAUUCCAUUCUGCUUCUUGAAAGUAUUAAAGAGUAAAGAGCUUGACGAAGUCCUGACUGCUCUCCUCCUUUACCUGUCUUGUUUCUUUGAACACAAGUCUGUAGAGAAUAAACCUAAGCCUUUAAUGGCUGUAGACAUCCUCACAGAGCACGGGAUGAUGGCGAAGGCUUUGGCCAAAAAGGGGAUUGCUCAAAAGAAGCUGGCUGUCUGUUACUUCAGCCUAAUGAUGGACCUGGAGAUAGAACAGCGUCAACACACACCAUGUCACAAGGGCCGGAUGUCGCCAAACAGCACAGAAUGGCUGCUACAUGCGUGCUUGUACAGCUUCUUCUGUUACGUCGCCUGGGUGACGUUCGGGAGGAAGGACCUGAGGGACAUCCAAGAGGAGGUGGGGCGUCUCUUGUACUCUGACACCUUCAACACGGCAGUGAAGAACAGGGCCGAUGGUGACUCAGGAAUGACCUUCGCUACUGUUAAUGGUUCAGUGAAGACGGGAGAGGCUGACCCCAAGGAGACAGGAUGUAAUGGCCCGUUCAGGCACAGAGCGUCCCAGAGGCGUCCGGCCCUCAGCAGUAUAGUUAAUCAGCGAUCCCCACUGAUGGUAUCUCUGCUGCCCUCGCCCAAAGAACGGUCACCCCAUCUGUUCCUCGGCAGCCGGGCUAGGAGGCAGAGCCCGCUGCAGACAGAGCACUGUGACACCAAGGCCCUGGCGGAGGAGCUCAACCAGCAGCUGGCCAGUGUCAGCUUUGGGAUUCUUGGCAAGCCAUUGAGCCAGUUCAGCCGCAGUACCCUGAUACCCUGUGGAGAACCGAAAAGCAACAGAGAUGACGACCAUGAACCGGGGAGUGACGUUAACAACAACAGCGAGGAUCGUCCUGGCAUCCAUAUCGGAGGUAGCAGGUCGUCCCUCAAGUCGACAGGCCUUGCCAGAUAUGGCAGCACCACCCACAUAAACACGGGAAGCUCUGCAGCUACCUUUGAGGCAGGGUCCUCAGACACUGAAUGACUGUAUGUGUGAGAGUGUGCAUUUUUAUUGGCAUAACACAGACACUUCAUGUGCAAAUGCAUUCCCCAGCAAAGCCCACAAGGUCAAAAACAGAGAGAAAGCAGUGGCUGAGUUUUCAUUCCACUCUGCUCAUGUGUGGUUCAUUUUCAAAAGCACCUCCCUGGACUGUCAUCACACACAUAGUAUUUGUUGGGAUUUGCUUCUGAAUUUAAAUCAGUGUCUUAUUUGCCAGC